ACCUACGACUAGUACCUUCUUUGCCACUCUGUAAGCAGACGUUCAACAUGACGGAACCACAGGCUGAUAUCGCUCUAAUUGGUUUGGCUGUGAUGGGCCAGAACAUCAUAUUGAAUAUGAAUGAUCAUGGAUUUGUGGUAUGUGCAUUCAAUCGUACUGUUGAAAAGGUUGAUCACUUCUUGGCUAAUGAAGCAAAGGGAACCAAAAUUAUUGGUGCUCAUUCAAUAGAAGAAAUGGUUUCCAAGUUGAAGAAACCUCGCCGUGUAAUGCUUUUAGUGAAAGCAGGCAGUGCUGUUGAUGCAUUUAUAGACAAAAUUGUGCCUCUGUUAGAGAAGGGUGAUAUCAUCAUUGAUGGUGGUAACUCUGAAUAUACAGAUACUAGGCGUCGGUAUUUUGCUUUGAAAGAAAAGGAACUUCUGUAUGUUGGUAGUGGUGUAAGUGGUGGAGAAGAUGGCGCAAGAUAUGGACCAUCACUGAUGCCUGGUGGUUCCAUUGAAGCAUGGCCGCAUAUCAAGACAAUAUUUCAAAGUAUCAGUGCCAAGGCUGAUGGUGAACCGUGCUGUGAUUGGGUUGGUGAAGAUGGUGCUGGUCACUAUGUUAAGAUGGUUCACAAUGGUAUUGAAUACGGUGACAUGCAGCUUAUAUGUGAAGCUUACCAUGUGAUGAAAGAUGCAUUGGGAAUGACAUGUGAUGAAAUGAGUGAGGUGUUUGCAGAAUGGAAUAAAGGGGAGCUAGACUCAUUCUUAAUUGAAAUUACACGCGACAUACUGAAGUUUAAAGAUACUGAUGGAGAACCAUUGGUUGAAAAAAUAAGAGAUGCUGCUGGUCAGAAAGGAACUGGGAAAUGGACUGCUAUAUCAUCAUUGGAUAAAGGUAUUCCAGUCACACUAAUUGGUGAGUCAGUAUUUGCAAGAUGUCUGUCUGCAUUACAACAAGAAAGAGUUGAAGCCAGUAAGCAACUGAAAGGACCAACAACAACUAAAUAUGCAGGAGACAAAAAACAAUUUAUCGAAAAUAUUCGCCAGGCCCUAUAUGCUUCUAAGAUUGUGUCAUACGCACAGGGUUUCAUGCUGUUACGUGAAGCAGCCAAAGUUUUCAACUGGAAAUUAAACUAUGGUGGUAUUGCCUUAAUGUGGCGAGGAGGUUGCAUUAUUAGAAGUGCAUUUCUUGGUAAAAUCAAACAAGCAUUUGUUAAGAAUCCAGACAUCACUAAUUUGAUCUUGGACGACUUUUUCCACAAAGCUAUUGAUAAUAGUCAGAAUUCUUGGCGUCAUGUUGUAGCAACAGCUGUACAGCUUGGUAUCCCAACUCCAGCAUUCAGUACAGCAUUGGCUUUCUAUGAUGGCUACAGAUCGGCUAGAUUACCAGCUAAUCUAAUCCAGGCCCAGAGAGAUUAUUUCGGUGCUCAUACAUAUGAACUGUUGGCUGAUCCUGGUAAAUACAUACAUACCAAUUGGACUGGACAUGGUGGCAACGUGUCUUCCACAACAUAUGAAGCUUAAAACAGUCAAUCUGAAAUAUGUACAUGUUUUUGCUGUAUAUUUUUACAUAUCACAUGAUUUAUUUAUCUGAAUACAGAUACAGUGCAACUUUCUUUUAACACUGAAAUUAAAUAUAAGCGCAAUAAUCAUUGCUCGAUUUUAUAGGUUGGUUCGAUUACCCUAGUUGGGAAUGCUGGAGUAUAUGUGGUGUGUUUUUUUUUAUAUGUACACCAUACUAGUAGUCAUAAAAUUAAAUUUUCUUAUUAAAUGAUCAGAGUAUGCAGCUGCUAACAUCAAAUGAGAUAUUUGACUUCUUGAUAUACAAUUUACAGAUGCUGAAUAAAAAAUUUGAUGUGAUUUAUGGGAGAAACUAGAAUAAAGUCAGAAAACAACC